AUGCCCGAGCCGGCGGCCAAUGGGCCGCCUGACGGCCCGUGACGGCCGGGGAGGAGCGGGCAGGACCCGGAAGGUUUCGCAGUCGGAGCGUCGCUGCCCCGAAGAGAGACCCCGCUCCUGCCGCUCCCCGCCCGCCCCUGCGUGUUGUCCCAUGGACUCGGUGGGAGUCGCCGCCGCCGCCCCCCCCGACGCCGGUCCGGGCCCCGCCUGGCAGAGCAAGUGUCCGUGGGGAACCCCUAAUACAACAUCAAUAUCAUGUUCUCUUGCUGAUGUAAUGAGUGAACAGCUGGCAAAAGAACUGCAGCUGGAAGAGGAAAAUGCUGCUUUUCCUGAAGUGGUUGCUGUUGCUGAAGGUCCAUUUAUUACAGGAGAAAAUAUUGACACUUCUAGUGACCUAAUGCUAGCUCAGAUGCUGCAGAUGGAAUUUGACAGGGAAUAUGAUGCACAGCUUCGGCGUGAAGAGAAGAAGAUUAACGGAGAUAGCAAAGUCUCCAUAUCCUUUGAAAAUUAUCGGAAGGUGCAUCCCUAUGACAGUGACAGCUCAGAGGAUGAGGUUGAUUGGCAGGAUACCCGUCAUGAUCCUUACAGAGCAGAUAAACCUACUACCACACCAAGAAGAGGUUUCAUAGGAAAAGGAAAAGAUAUCACUACUAAACAUGAUGAAGUGGUAUGCGGAAGAAAGAACACUGCUCGCAUGGAAAAUUUUGCACCAGAAUUCCAAGUUGGGGAUGGAAUUGGAAUGGACCUAAAGCUGUCAAAUCAAGUCUUCAAUGCCUUAAAGCAACAUGCAUACUCUGAGGAACGUCGAAGUGCAAGGCUCCAUGAAAAGAAGGAGCACUCCACUGCGGAGAAAGCCGUGGAUCCCAAAACACGUUUACUUCUGUACAAGAUGGUCAAUGCUGGGAUGCUGGAGACCAUCACAGGCUGCAUCAGCACAGGAAAAGAAUCUGUUGUUUUUCAUGCCUAUGGAGGAAAAAGUGCAACUGAAGAUAAAGUUAUUCCUCCGGAAUGUGCCAUCAAAGUGUUUAAAACAACUCUUAAUGAAUUCAAGAACCGUGACAAAUACAUCAAGGAUGACUACAGAUUUAAAGACCGCUUCAGUAAAUUGAAUCCACGAAAGAUUAUUCGUAUGUGGGCUGAGAAAGAAAUGCAUAACUUAACAAGAAUGCAAAAUGCAGGAAUUCCUUGUCCUCAAGUGGUUAUCCUUAAGAAACACGUCUUGGUUAUGUCUUUCAUUGGCAAGGAUCAAAUCCCAGCUCCUAAACUAAAGGAUGUAACACUCAGUAGUGAAGACAUGAAAAAGGCCUACUAUCAGACUCUCAAUAUGAUGCAGCAGUUGUAUAAGGAGUGCAACCUGGUCCAUGCAGAUCUUAGUGAAUACAACAUGCUUUGGCAUGAUGGGAAGGUCUGGCUCAUUGAUGUCAGUCAGUCUGUAGAGCCAACCCAUCCUCACGGACUUGAGUUUUUGUUCAGAGACUGUAGGAAUGUUGCACAGUUCUUCCAGAAAGGAGGUGUGGCAGAAGCACUUAAUGAGCGUGAACUCUUCAACGCUGUCUCAGGUUUAAAUAUUACAGCUGACAAUGAAGUAGACUUCCAAGCAGAGAUUGAAGCUUUGGAGAAGAUGAAUGAAGAUCAUGUGCAGAAUCAUGGAAAGAAACUGUCAACGUUUUCAAGUGAUGGAGACCCACCUAUAUAUGAUGAAUAGCACUGAGUGUAUAGCUGCUAACAAAAC